AUUUCAAGUACAACAACAUGUUGCUUGGUGGAGUAGAUUCCUGCUCAGGUAGGUAGUAUUUCAAGUACAACAACAUGUUGCUUGGUGGAGUUUAUUCCUGCAAAGGAAGGUUGUGUUUCAAGUACAACAACAUGUUGCUUGGUGGAAUAGAUUCCUGCCAAGGUAGGUUGCAUUUCAAGUACAACAGCAUGUUGCUUGGUGGAGUAGAUUCCUGCCAAGGUAGGUUGUAUUUCAAGUACAACAACAUGUUGCUUGGUGGAGUAGAUGCCUGCAAAUGCAAAGGUAGGUUGUAUUUCAAGUACAACAACAUUUUGCUUGGUGGAGUAGAUUCCUGCAAAGGUAGGUUGUAUUUCAAGUACAACAACAUGUUGCUUGGUGGAGUAGAUUCCUGCAAAUGCAAAGGUAGGUUGUAUUUCAAGUACAACAACAUGUUGCUUGGUGGAGUAGAUUCCUGCAAAGGUAGGUUUUAUUUCAAGUACAACAACAUGUUGCUUGGUGGAGUAGAUUCCUGCCAAGGUAGGUUGUAUUUCAAGUACAACAACAUCUUGCUUGGUGGAGUAGAUUCCUGCCAAGGUAUGAUGAAUCUGAAUAACAUGGUUUAAACUCUAUUUUUUAGGUUCUAUAAAUAUUCCAUCAAAAUUACCCAAAUUUUCAAGAUUUUAAUCCUAGCAAAAAAAUUAGUUUGCCAAACCUUUUUCUUUAAUAUUUAUUUGGCCUAAUACUCCUAGCGCCCAAAAUUCUUCAAAAUGAUAAUAUUUUUAUUUUGUUUUCGUGAUUAAAUAAAAUAAAAUAAUUUUUGAAUGAUUUCUUUUUUAACGUCAAUUUUAUUAUACAAGCUUGGAAACCCAGUGCUUGCUAAAUAUACUAAAGUUACUAAAGUCGACCUACUCAACUCAAACCAAAUUAGCACAUUCCCGUUGGUCUCCGGAGUUCCAAAAUCAAAAUUUGAGGCAAAACGGUCCAGGGGUACCUGAGUUAUGAUUGGACAAAGAAACAAACAGACAAACAG